AUGUUCGCCCGCCCUGUUGUAUUCCUCUACGCGUUCUUCGCCCUCGUCGUUCUUGCGGCCGCCACUCCGAACCCUGAGAACGCCAAGCGUUGGGGUUCUCCUCCCGCCACGACCACGACCGUGACGGUGACUGCACCGGCCUCCACCCCCACCAGCGUCAGCACCUGCUCGACCGGCGGUGCCCAGUGCUGCAACAGCGUCACCAGCACCUCUGACCCCGCCACCUCGGUUCUGCUCGGCUUGCUCGGUAUCGUUGUCCAGGGUAUCGGUGCCACGGUGGGCCUCGACUGCUCGCCCAUCAACGUCGUUGGAGUUAGUGGCGGUACUUGCGACCAGCAGGCUGUCUGCUGCCAGGACAACUCCAACAGCCUCGUCUCCAUUGGCUGUCUCCCUAUUCAGCUCUAA